AUGAAAUAUGAUUUUCCUUUUAAAAUUGACGACGCAUCAUUUCGAUCAACAGUUAAAAAAGUACGUUUUACACCAAACGAAACAGGUGUACAUUAUUUAAAUGCAAAAUUUGGUUCAGAAAUAAUACCAGGUACACCAAUUAAAAUGAUGGUUAAUGAUGCUCGUCUAGUAACAGCAUAUGGUGAUGGAAUUCAUCAUGCAUUACAUGAAAAAUUAGCAACAUUUAUGAUUGAUACACAAGAUAUGCAAGGCGAUUUAAAAGUUCGUAUUGAAGGAUCAAAUUCAGUUAUUAAAAAUACGCUUGAACGAACAAAUGAUAAUCGUUUUAAAGUAACAUAUGUACCUGUUGAAGUUGGAUUUGUUACAAUAAGUAUAAAAUGGAAUGGAAAAGAUAUUACUAAUAGUCCAUUUAAAGCUGCAGUUACUAAUCCAGAACGUGUUCGAAUUGUUGGAGGUUGGCAAUCAAUACUUGAUUCUGAAGAUCGUAUGCAUGUUAUUAUUAAUGAAGAAAAGAAAAUACGUUUUGAUACAUCUCAUGCUGGACCAGGUACUUUGAAAGCUGAUAUUCGAGGUAGUAAUGAUGGUCUUCGUGUACCAAUACGUAUUGAUCAACAAGGUGCAAUUUAUACACUUAGUUUUACUGUAAUACGAGAAGGAAAAUAUGAUGUAGCAAUAACUUAUGAUCAAAAUCCAUUACCAAAUAUGCCUAUUCGAGCUAUAGCAAAUUCAACAAGUACAAAUUUAGGUGAACAUUUAAAAGUUGAAGUACGCGGACAUGGUUCAUAUGAAGCAAAAGUCAAUGAAGAAGCAGAAUUUACUAUUGAUGCAUCAAAAACUUCGGCUCAAAGUACUAGUAUGCCUAUUGUACGAUUAACUGGUGUUCAAGCAGAUGUUGAAGUUCGAAUACGACAAAUUGAAAAUAAUAUUUUUCUUUGUUCUUAUGUACCAACAGCACCAGGUGCUUAUUUAUUAAGUGUAACAUGGGCAGAACGACAAGUUCGCGGGUCACCAUUUAAAGUUAAUGUUUUACCAAAUACAAAUGUUGGUCAUUCUGCAUCUCGAGUCAUUUGUUCAGGUGAAGGUUUAAGAAUGGGUAUAUUAGGUAAAGAAAUAAAAUGUAUCAUUGAUACACGUGGUGCUGGUCCAGGAGAAUUAACAGCUUAUUGUCAAGGAGUUAAUAAAACAGCUUUUUGUCGUUUAUUUGAUCAUCGUGAUGGUACAUUUACAUUAUUUAUUAAACCACAAGAAAGUGGAAGACAUGUAUUGACUAUUAAAUAUAACGAUGAAGAUGUACCUGGUAGUCCGUAUACGCUUAAAGUAAGCGGACCACCUGAUGCAAAUAAGGUACGCGUCUCUGGUCCAGGUAUUGAACAUGGUGUUCUAUCAACAUUUCAAUCGCAUUUUAUUUGUGAAACAAAAGGAGCAGGUGCUGGACAAUUAACAGUGAAAAUUCGUGGUCCAAAAGGUGCUUUUCGUGUUGAAAUGCAACGUGAACAUUUACAAGAUCGUACAAUAAUAUGUCGAUAUAAUCCAACAGAACCCGGCGAUUAUCUUAUAUCCGUUAAAUGGAGUGAUGAACAUGUUUAUGGUUCACCAUUUCAUACACAUAUUUUCGAACGACAAGAAGAAUUAGAACGAUUUUUACAUGAACAAAAUGCUUAUCGUCAAGCACAAAAACAAUGGAGAGAGGAAGUUUGA